GUAAAUAUUACAAAAAUCACUGAAAUUGUAAUUGUUCGAUUGAUUUAGUUAAAAAAUAUUAAAAAUAAACUCAACUACAACAAGAGCUUCUAAAUAUAGAUUAAUACGAGGCACGAGAGUUAUGGAGAAUCCCGUAGGAAUCCCGGCAGAUUCGAACCAGAUUGACGAAACAAAACGUGCAGCUAAAAAAAUGUUAAACGAAGGCAGCUACUUACAGUCAUUGGAGAUAUUCUCAAAGAUCCUUGUUGAACAUCCUAAUGACCAGGAAGCUCUGGAAGGAAAAGUAACUGCUUCUCUGGAGUUAAAACUGUUCCAUCGUUGCCUGAAAGAUGUUGAAACAUUGAGUCACCUAAAUCCGCACAGCGCAAAGAUCCACAAUUUGGCUGGACAGAUUUAUGAACAAAUUGGCUCCAAUGAGAGGAGCAUUUGUGCCUAUCUGAAAGCGUAUUUGUACGAACAAGACGUCGAAAAUCGUCCUGAAACGGUGCAGAAAAUAAGCAGAUUGUGUUCUACUGUUUUGCCGGAACAUAAAGAAAUGACAGGCAAUCUCGAUUGUUUCCAAAGUCUUUUUCUGCUGUCCGAAAAAUUAGCAGAACAAGAGAAAUUCCAAGUCUGCCUGGAGAUAUUAAUUACUUUAAUGAUGACUCAUUGUUUGGAUGAAAAAAACUCCAAAGCCUUCAAAAACAAGCUGAAUGUUUGCUCAAAAAUGGACAAUGUUGAAGCCUGCAAAAAUAUAGAAGCCUGCACGUUUCAACAAAAUAUGCAACAUGAGAAUAUUGAAACAAAAAAUAACCGUACAAUAUUAAGUCGUAUGGAAACGUUAAAAGAAAGCAAGUUAGAUGCAAAGAUCCGUAGUUCUCUCCUUCAAAAUAUGCAUUCAGGUAAUAAAUGCGAAACCGCAUCUGUUGAAGAAAAGAAUUCAGAAAGUGUUCCAGAUUCCGAUGAAGAAUUUCCAGACAGUGUCAGCAAAGAACCAACUAUAACGUUCUUGCCGAAUUCUGACCAACAAACAAUUAAUGAGAUGCUUUUACAAGCCUCUGACUGUUGUCACAAACUUGGAAGAAAAGGGACGUCUCUUUGGUUUGCAAGGAAACAAUUAGAACACGUCCAAGCAUCCAAUAAUUCAAUUCAUGUACUGAAAGCGUACGACCGAGUGGGGACUCUAUACGUUGAAAAUGGCGAUUAUGAUGCUGGUGUAUUUCAUUACACCAAAGUGCGGGCAAAAUGUCGAGAGGUUUUGGCCACCAAGAUUACGAUGGAACAAGAGAUAGAGAUUUCCGCAAUAGAGCGGAGAAGUAUUUUGAAGCUGUGUUCGUUGUUUAAGGAUUUGGAACUGUACGAGCAAGCCAAGGUGUAUUUGAAAGAGUUCUUCUCAAAAGUUGAGGUUGUGGAGCAACAAAGUUUAGUGAAGGCAUACAGUCUUCUAGGAGAAGUAGAAUUAGCACAAAAUCUCUACGAAGAGGCUGUAAAAACCCACAGAACUCAGUUAGCUUUGUGUCUUAAAUAUGACGAUCAAAAAGGGCUUGUCCUUGCGUAUAAGUGCCUUGGUAAGGCUCACCUGGCUUCGGGAGAUAAUGUAGCAGCGAUGGAAUGGUUUCAAUUGAGCAUUCACACAGCAAAGAUUCUGAACGAUCCUUUUUGUUUAGCAACAGCAUAUAACUGUAUCGGCGAAGAGCUGCUGUCACAAAACAAUCCUCAACAUGCGUUGACAUAUUUUCAAAAACAGCUGGACUUGUCAACUACCAUGGAUGAUGAACAGACGCUGCGUAUUCAAGCGCUGUACUGCUUAGGAAAGAGUUACCAGAACCUACGAUUGUUUCAACACUCCGAGUUUUUUUUCAAAAGAGCCAUAUUGGAGUCUAAAGAUUUGAAAAUGCAUCUGCAGGAGACGUAUAAGGAGUCAUUGGUUCAAGUUCUUCUCAUUUUGGGAAAGCGUGAAGAGGCUUUGGAAUUGUUGCUUGACAUUCGAGAUACUUUAGAGGCAACAUUUCAAAGAAUACGUGGACACACGAUUGUUGUUUCCCAUCCACUGCUUGAUAGACUCAAUACAUGUGUUGAUCAGAUCUUAGAACUAUUAGCUGAGGAAGGUCGACUGGAUGAGGCUCUUGAGGUAGCCGAAACAACUAAUUCCAUGCUUCUGAAAGAGAUGUUAACCUAUAAGGCACAUGUACAAGGAUCAGAGAUGGAUUCGAUAGCUAAAGAGUGUAUGGAUCUCUCAGAAAUAUACCGCGUUGUUAAUGAUAGUAAUAAGGUUGUCCUUUAUUACAGAGUUGUUAGGAAUGGUUUUAUCGUUUGGGUUGUUGCCCCAACACAUGGUAUAGUACAUUAUCACUGGUUCAAACCUCCGUCUAACUCAUCGCUGGAAGAAAUCAUUGAGGAGUUCAUGAACGGAUUACUUCAACCAAGCGACCAACUAGUGAAUUAUAGUUGUGAUCACCGGAAAGUAUUCAAAGGUUCAACGUUGACGCAAGAUACUCCGCCAAGUCCAACUGCAAGUCACAGAAGUAGCCCUCAAGGUUCCACUUCAAAAUCAAGAUGUACUCCUCAAAGUUCGAAUUCAAUGGAUUUCCUACGAGAGCUUUCUAAACUAUUCAUUUUUCCAAUUGAAGAAUCUUUGAUACGUCCAGACUCAAAUGGCCAUGAUGUAAUUAUCAUAAACAACGCAUUUUUGAGUAUGGUUCCAUUUGCAGACCUUCACUUCUCUAAUGGCACCACGAUAGCAGAUUUUGCCAAUUCUGUCCAACUUCUACCGUGUAUCUCUGUUUUAAAAAUCACCAAGGUGGACAAGAAUUUCCCAAAAGGGAUGGCAGUUAUUGGAAAUCCGGAAAUGCGAUUCUCCGAAAUGCAAGCUGGCUUUCAGGGACAUAUGCAGCAAGACUUCUUAGAACAAGAACUUAAUGACGUUGCCGUCGUUCUAGGAACGAUACCCGAAGUCGGCUCAAGAGCUACGAAGGAUAUGUUUUUGAAUGAAUGUAAUUCAACUACUCUGAUGCACUUGUCUACCUAUGGCUCCCACGAGCACGGGACUAUUACCCUAGCACCAAUUCCUGAUAUUGAUCCACGUGUGGGUAGCUCGCGUGGAUUCUUCUCGCGGGAUCCGUGGGAAAUCACUUUGGCGGACAUCGUUGCGUUACAAAAUGCUCCGGAGGUUCUAGUUUUGAGUGCAGGUUCUGGAUGCCGAAAUGAGUUUAGAGAGUUGGUCUCUUUCAAUACUUGUCUGCCACUGGCUUUCAUGUUAGCUGGUGUCAAAACAGUUGUCAUGGCGACGUGGUCGACCCCUCAGAAUGCAUUGAUGGCGUGUCUACGCCAGUUUUACAAAAAUAUUUCUGAUGGUUUGACCGUAUCUUGCGCAUUAUCGAGAGCUAAAACGCACGUACAAGCAAUUGAAGGAUUAGACGAACCACUAUUUUGGGCAUCAUUCCGUGUAUAUGGUCAAGAUAGCCUGGUUAAUGUGGAAGAAAUAAGACGGAGUAAGGCCGAGGAAUCAUUUUAUGAAGCACAGGAAAUCGCUUUAGAGAGAUUUCGGUUGGUUCCUCGAAACAAAGAAAGUUCCGAUGGCCUUGUAACAAACCGUUUGAAGGAAACCGUCAUUGAACUUCUUCAUCGUCAUCAUUUACAUCCUGAUCUGAUUGCAAUAUUGCUACAAGUGAUCAAAGAGGCUCUAACGAUCCUGGAAACUCCGUCCGACAAAGCUGCAACAACUAGCCUACCUUAUCGUGAGAUCACUGCUUCAUGGCUGACUUUAAUCCUCAAGGCUGAGAAAUUCUUGCUUUCUGUUGGAUUUCUGAUUAAAACCACCAGCUCAAGACAGACAAUACUUGUGUAUCCACACUGGAAUCAAAAUGGAUGUCUGGAAAAAGUAGAGUCGCUUCUUCAAUCUGUUUUUUGUAUUCUUUUUUAUUCUCCCGUCCUCGCGGAUGCUUUGCGAGUCGUUCUUUCAGACGAGAAGAGUUUGCUUGUUGAUCUUCGAGACACGCUUCAGAAAACGUUGACAUGCCCUUAUGAAGUAAUAGAAAUAUGUAAUACCACGUUGCUUCGAAAGUUCUGGCUUAAACGAAGUACUCGAAGACUGAUGGCUGAGUUAGGCUUUCGUCAAGUUGGUUAUGAACUGCUUGAAUUUAGGAACAGCAAAGAGGACAGAAAUGCUGCGGAAUCAUGUUUGAAUAUUUUCGGUCUUCUUUCAGGAUUGGAAACAUCGACAGAAAUAAAACAACAUCCAAUGCUGUCAAAGGUUAAUCUUCGUGCAUCCUGGAUGAGUUAUCGAGUUAGUGAUGAAGAAAACACAGCAAGAUAUCAUGUAGCACACAGCUUGGAUUCAAUUAAUGCAAAAUACAAGUUGGCGAUGACUGAUGUCAGAAAAUGGCACAACGGUGUUUUGUUAACACAGGCAAAAGUAGCGAAGUCAAAAAACGAGAAAGAGAAAGAAAAGCUUGACCACGCGUCAAUUGCACGUAGGCCUAUCAAACAAACAGAAACGUCAAAGCUUCCAGAAAUUAACAACAGGAAAGGGGAACCUAUCGACCUGGUGAAACUUGGGGAGAAGUUGACGAAGAUUAAAGUGCAAAGCGGUGCUGGUCCGUCGUCUGUGCGAAGGCCAGUUGAAAAAGAAGCGUCGCUGCCUUUGGUCGAGUGUCUGAUGAAACGACACGAAGCUGCCAAGAAUUUGAGGCAGUGUUUAGGAGGAAUACGAAGCCAGAGACGCGAAGAAAUUAGAAAACUUCUUUCUUUGUAAAAGAUUUUGGAAAACUUAUUUCCAUGAAAAAUGUAUAAUUUAAAACAUCAAUCAACUCAAUUCAUUUGCUUCCCGUGUAGCACUUGAAUAGGGCUUUCCCUUUUAGCGGCUGAAAUGCAUGGUCAAACCGGUGGGAUUAUCUUUAUGAUUAGAUCACCUUGUCUAUUGGAAGAUAAUACAAUGUAUCUAUACUUCUUCGGAGCUAAUGUGGAGCUCCGUUUACACCGUACCGGAUGGCGGAUUUGUUCGUCAUAACGUCGUC